CACCUGCUGCCCGAGCCCACUAGCGGUUUUCAGCUGCUGCGGGCGCGCGCCUGUGACAGCGCAGAGGCGACUCGACUUCCGCAGCCGGGGUUCCUGCUGCUGGGGCCUGGCGGCCAGCCGGGCACCAUCUUCGAGACACCAUGGCUGUCGCCGGAGGGUCGGGAGUCAGCCAGCGACGCCCCUGCCUCAGCCUCCUUUUGCUGCUAUCCAUCGCGGGCCCGGCCCUGGCCUGGAACAAUCCUGAUAGAAUAUUACUGCGUGAUGUCAAAGCUCUUACUCUCCACUAUGACCGUUACACCACUUCCCGAAGGCUGGAUCCAGUCCCACAGCUGAAAUGUGUAGGAGGCACAGCUGGAUGUGAUUCUUAUACUCCAAAAGUCAUUCAAUGUCAGAACAAAGGCUGGGAUGGCUAUGAUGUACAGUGGGAAUGCAAGACUGAUUUAGAUGUUGCAUACAGAUUUGGAAAAACUGUGGUGAGCUGUGAAGGCUAUGAAUCCUCUGAAGACCAGUAUGUACUAAGAGGUUCCUGUGGCUUAGAAUAUCAGUUAGAUUACACAGAUGUUGGCUUGAAGAAGCUGAGAGAGUCUGGGAAAAAUUCCGGCUUUAAUUCUUUCUCUAAUUAUUAUAAUAAGUUAUACUCUUCAGAUUCCAAGGGCUUCAGUGGAUUGCUUACUAUUGCGGUGCUUCUUGCUAUUGCCUUUGGAGUCUAUAAGUUGUUCCUUAGUAGUGGUCAAGAUGCUCCUCCACCAUAUUCUGAGUACCCUACAAAUUCCCAACAUUAUCAGAGAUUCACCAACUCAGCUGGACCUGCACCCCCGGGCUUUAAGUCUGAAUUUACAGGAGCUCAUGGUGCAGCUCCCCAUUUUCGAAGCGCUUUCACAGGACAACAAGGAUAUGACAAUUCAGGACCAGGAUUCUGGACUGGUUUGGGAACUGGAGGAAUAUUAGGAUACUUGUUCGGAAGCAAUAGAGCAGCCACACCUUUUUCCGACUCGUGGUACUAUCCAUCUUACCCUCCUUCUUACUCCAGCACAUGGAAUAACCGAGCUUACCCACCGUUUCAUGGAGGCUCAGCACAUUCAAGCUCAGAGACAAGAACCAGAACUGCAUCAGGAUAUGGUGGUACCAGAAAACGAUAAGAAAAUAAAAAGUUGAAGUCAGACGUUGGAUGCAAAAUUUCCUGAUUUUUCCUCAUUUUCUCUUUAAAAAAAUAUACUGCCUGCUAACAACUGGAGGAAAGAGAAAGGGGCUAUUCAAAUGUUUUGUGGUGGUGGUGUCCUGUAUAGCUUUUUGUAUUCUUUUAUUUGAAGCUGAGAAUUUGAUAUUUGACAAAAUGCUCGUGUAGAGAAUUGUUUGUGAGUGUAACAUGUCAACACAUAUUACAGCUUUUGAAAGUGAUGCUCACUAUGGAAUGCUGGAAAUGUACCAUUUAAUUUCUAAAACCUCUGAUGCCAUAAGAAACAUUGAGAAUGAAGGCUUUUAUACCACUAGACCGUGAGCACAGAAAUUUCAUUCUUAGGUAGUUUUAGUUAAUGAGUCAUUACUUCUUCAUAGAAACAGUAAUAAGCUAUUUGGUUUUUACUACUUGGUGUUUGUUGACCUUCAGACAAUUAUACCAAGCUUGGACUACUAAUUAUACUAUUCUGUGGCUUUUGGUCGCUUUUUCAGUGUAGGAGCUUUGAUUCCUUCCGUGGUGCUGGGAUUCCAGGAGAAGGUGGAAAGCAAGUAUAAAGUGUGAAUAAUUGUGUGCUAACAAUUUAUUAAAAUGCUUAAAUUAAAAAAUAUUAAAAUUAUUUAAAAGUGCUUAAUCCUCAUUCAUUUCAUAAGAGGUUAAGCUCAAAUGCUUCAGCAAAAGUCUCUUUAAUUGUAAAAGCAUUUAGUUCUCUGAACUCUCAAAUAUUAUUGUAGCAGUCUGUAUCCACCUUCCAUUAAAAUGACAGAAAAAAGUUUCAUUCUCAUUCUUUAUAAACCUUGACACCAAUUGACAAUACUUUUUUAAAAACCUUUUCCAAAUAAAAAGGGGUUUAUGCAGUA